CUGAUCAGUUUUGGCCUACCGUGCUCUUCUCAUCUCUUCGAGGUAUACGUGCCCGUGCACAAGAGAGGAUAUGGGGACGGCGGCGGCGCUGCCGCUGCUAGUGUGUCUGCUGUGCUGGACGGCGGUGAUAGUGCGCUCGUCGCACAUCGUCUACCCGGAGCUCCAGUCGCUGGAGGCGAAGGAGGUCGACAAGGAGCUACGCACCGGGUACCACUUCCAGCCUCCCAAGCAUUGGAUCAAUGAUCCGAAUGGGCCGAUGUACUACAAGGGGCUUUACCACCUGUUCUACCAAUACAACCCCAAGGGCGCGGUGUGGGGCAACAUCGUGUGGGCGCACUCUGUUUCGACGGAUCUGAUCGACUGGGUAGGGCUGGAGCCCGGGAUCUACCCUUCCAAGCCGUUCGACGUCAAUGGCUGCUGGUCGGGCUCCGCCACGGUGCUCCCCAGCGGCGUGCCCGUCAUCAUGUACACGGGCAUCGACCCCGACGAGCGCCAGGUCCAGAACGUGGCGUACCCGGCCAACCUCUCCGACCCUUUCCUCCGCGAGUGGGUCAAGCCCAACUACAACCCCAUCAUCAACCCGGACCAGGGCAUCAACGCCAGCGCCUUCCGCGAUCCCACAACAGCCUGGUUUGGCCCGGACGGACAUUGGAGGCUGGUGGUGGGCAGCAAGGAGAACAUGAGGGGGAUCGCGGUGCUGUACCGGAGCAGGGAUUUCAAGAAGUGGAUCAAGGCGCACCACUCGCUGCAUGCGGGCCUGACGGGAAUGUGGGAGUGUCCAGAUUUUUAUCCCGUGGCCGUGGCCGGAAUGGGAAGCCGGAGCCACAGGAACGGCAUGGACACCGCCGAGCUGCAUGACGCCGCCGUUGCCAAGGAGGUAAAAUACGUGCUGAAGGUGAGCCUGGACCUGACGAGGUACGAGUACUACACGGUGGGCACGUACGACCACGCCAAGGACCGGUACACCCCGGACCCGAACUUCCCGGACAACGACUAUGGCCUCCGCUACGACUACGGCGAUUUCUACGCCUCCAAGUCCUUCUUCGACCCGGCCAAGAAGCGCCGCGUGCUCUGGGGAUGGGCCAACGAGUCUGACACUGUCCCCGACGACCGCCACAAGGGCUGGGCCGGCAUUCAGGCGAUACCGAGGAAGAUCUUCUUGUCACGGAGCGGGAGGCAGCUGAUCCAGUGGCCGGUGGAGGAGGUCAAGUCACUGCGCGCGAAGCACGUCAAUGUGAGCAACAAGGCUGUCAAGAGCGGCGACUACUUCGAGGUCACCGGCUUCAAGUCCGUGCAGUCGGACGUGGAGGCGGCGUUCGCAAUCAAGGACCUGGACAAAGCGGAGACGUUCGACCCGGCUUGGCGGACCAACGCGCAGGGGCUGUGCCACAAGCUCAACUCGCACGUCAAGGGCGGCGUGGGGCCGUUCGGGCUGUGGCUGCUGGCCUCCGGCGACCUCAAGGAGAGGACGGCCGUCUUCUUCAGAGUGUUCAAGACCAACGACACGGCCGAGCACGUCGUGCUCAUGUGCAAUGACCCUACCAGGUCGUCUUACGAGUCGCAGAUCUACAGGCCAACCUUCGCCGGCUUCGUCAACGUUGACAUAGCUAAGAACAAGAGGAUCGCCCUGAGGACCCUGAUCGACCACUCUGUGGUGGAGAGCUUCGGGGCCGGCGGCAAGACGUGCAUCCUGACGAGGGUCUACCCGAGGAAGGCUAUCGGCGACGACGCGCACCUCUUCGUGUUCAACAACGGCGAGUCGGACAUCAAGGUCACCAACCUGCGCGCAUGGGAGAUGAAAACCCCCAAGAUGAACGCGCCGGAGAAGAUUUAGCAGCACAGACCGAACGAGUAGGAGUAGCCUAGUUCCAGUCUUAGCUGGCUAGCUUAUUACUGUAGUUUAAUUACAAGGCUAGAUGCAUGGGGCCAGAAAUAUGCAUGGUUGUUAGAGACGGAAAUUGAUGGUCUGGUUCGUUUCAGACUGUUCUCUAGCUGCUGCGAGUAUUUGUACUUCACUUGUUGCCGGAGGAAACAUAUGAAUGAAUAAAAUUUCAGUGGACGUUUUCUUACCCAGAACUCCAGAUCUGU